AUGUAUAAAGAAACCCGAGUCUAUAAGACACUUAAGAGUGUCUUUGACUUUCUUCUAGCCCAGUGGUUCUUUGUCCUCUUGGGUGUUUUCGUUGCAUUAGCUCAUCUGUAUCCCAGUUUUGCCAAACAAGGCGGAACCAUUCGGGCAGAAUAUUCCAUUGGCUAUGGAGCUGUGGCAGUCAUUUUUUUGGUAUCCGGAUUGUCUAUGGCAACAAAGGAUUUGUUUAAAAACAUCUAUCAUUGGCGUGCCCAUUUUACUGUCUUGUCGUGCUCUUUCUUGAUCACUUCAGCUAUCAUAUAUGGAAUCGUGUCGGGCAUCAAAGCGGCCCACGAUGGGCAAAUUGAUUCUUGGCUUCUUGUGGGUAUGAUUGUGACACAUGCGUGUCCAACAACUGUCUCUUCAAAUGUUGUGAUGACUCGAGCUGCGAAAGGUAAUGUUGUGUUGACUAUUUGCGAAGUUUUCAUUGGUAACUUACUAGGUGCGUUUGUCACUCCUGCUUUGGUUCAAAUGUACUUGACUGGAGGGUGGGAUUUUGGAAACCCCGUACACCAGGCAGAUCACACAUCAGUACGAGACGUUUAUCGACAUGUGAUGAAGCAGAUUGGCCUCUCUGUGUUUGUGCCACUUUUUGUAGGUCAAGUGGUGCAAAAUAUUUUCCCUAAGCAAGUGAAAUGGUGUCUCACCACAUUUCGCCUCAACAAAGUCGGCUCUUUCAUGUUGCUUUUGAUCAUGUUCCAAUCCUUUUCGACAGCUUUCGCCCAGCAUGCAUUUACUUCUGUGAGCCAUGCAUCUAUUAUAUUCUUGGUGUUUUUCAACAUCGGCAUAUACUUGUUUUUCACAGUCAUGGUAUUCUUAUACUCUCGACCAGUGUUUCUUCUUCGGAUUUUCCCUACGAAGCCUACAGCAGAGUCUAGCCGUGCUUACAGGUGGUGUUACCGCAUUUUCCGGCCCUUCUACUAUAACCGUCAAGACACGGUGAGUAUCAUGUUGUGCGGGCCUGCCAAAACAGCUGCACUUGGUGUAUCUCUUGUCUCUUCUCAGUACGGCCUGCACAACCCGAAAUUAGGUGUCUUACUUGUGCCGUUGGUGUUGUACCAAGCAGAGCAAGUUCUUACUGCUCAGGUCCUUGUCAGAUUUAUGAAAAAAUGGGUUGAAGCCGAAGAGCAAGAAACCAAAGAUAUUGAAACUGGUGAACCUGAAGAAGAGGCCAAAAGUGAACUGUCAAGUCCACGCAGUGACUCUGCAAGUCAUAAUGGGCCUGCUUAA